CUGAUCGCUAAGCUCGUUUUCAGUCGUCCUGAGCCCAUCUCUUUCAGUUAGUAAAUGCAAGAGGAAAGGCGCAGUCUCCUCACUUAUGUAUAAAAAGUGGGCCUUUUUCUGCACUCACCUUAUCCCUUCUUAAUUACAAAAACCAAAACCAAAACCAAAACCAAAACCGAAACAGAAGCACCCUUCCAAAAAAAAAAAAAAAAUCAAUCUCCACCAUGGCUACAAUCAGCACCAAGAUGAUGAAGAUGGCCAUGUCCUCCUCCUCCUCCUCCUCAUCGUCAUCCUCGCCGGUAGAAACAGUGUCCACUUCUACUCCUCAGCCUCCAUCAUCUUCUCUCCCUCUCCGUACAAUUCCAGGAUCAUACGGCUGGCCAUUGCUGGGACCGGUGUCAGACAGGCUAGACUACUUCUGGUUCCAAGGGCCAGAAACUUUCUUCAGGAAACGCAGUGACAAGUACAAAUCAACGGUUUUCCGUGCAAAUGUGCCGCCGACGUUUCCACUUUUUACAGGAGUGAAUCCGAACGUCAUUGCUGUUCUUGAUUGCAAGUCUUUUGCUCAUCUUUUUGAUAUGGACAUUGUGGAGAAGAAGAACAUUCUUGUGGGCGAUUUCGUGCCUGAUAUUAAGUUCACCGGUAGUAUUAGGGUUUCUGUUUAUCUCGAUCCAUCUGAACCUCUGCAUGGUAAGGUGAAAAACUUUGCCAUGGACAUCUUGAAAAGAGGCUCCAAAGUGUGGCUAACAGAGCUUCUCGCCAACCUUGACACACUGUGGGAUACUAUUGAUAAAGAUAUCUCAGCAAAAGGCAGUGCUAGCUUUCUAUUCCCUCUUCAACAAUGCAUUUUCAAGUUCUUGACCAAAGCCCUUAUUGGGGCUGACACAUCAGCCUCACCGGAGAUUGAAAAAUCUGGGUAUGCCAUGUUGGACCGAUGGCUUGCCUUGCAGCUCCUCCCUACCAUCUAUAUUGGCGUUGCUCAGCCCCUUGAAGAAAUCUUUCUUCACUCUUUUGCUUACCCUUUUUUUCUUGUUAGUGGAGAUUACAGAAAGUUGUCUGAGUUCAUCAGAAAAGAAGGUAAAGAUGUGAUACAGAGAGCGAAAACCGAAUAUGGAUUGAGUGAAGAAGAAAUUAUACACAACCUUCUCUUUGUACUUGGCUUCAAUGCAUAUGGUGGCUUCUCUGUUUUCAUACCUAAUCUAUUAAGCACCAUUGGAAGUGACACUACAGGUUUACAGGAAAAGCUACGAAAAGAAGUUAGAGAAAAAGGUGGUCCGAGUUUAAAUUUUGACUCGGUUAAAGAAAUGCCAUUAGUUCAAUCAGUAGUUUAUGAGACCCUUCGGUUGAAUCCUCCUGUUCCUCUUCAAUUUGCCAGGGCUAGAAAAGAUUUUCAACUGAGUUCACAUGACUCUGUGUUUGAAAUCAAGAAAGGCGAGAUAUUAUGUGGUUAUCAACCUCUGGUUAUGAGAGACUCCGAGAUUUUUGAUGAUCCAGAAACUUUUAAACCAGAUCGGUUCAUGGGUUCGGGUCAGGAGUUAUUGAAUUACUUGUAUUGGUCCAAUGGACCGCAAUCCGGGACACCGACCGCGUCGAAUAAACAAUGUCCAGCAAAGGAUUAUGCGACUCUUAGUGCUUGUUUGAUUGUGGCUCACUUGUUUAGGAGGUACGACUCUUUUACUGGGAGUUCUAGUUCCAUCACUGCCGUUGAAAAGGCUAAAUGAUGUGAUGAUGAUUUCUAGAAUUAUGUUAAGAUUGUAUGGAGUUUUCUGCUAAGAUGAAUAAAAUGGAUAGAGGGCAUUGCUUGUGUUUAAUAAAUAGUUUCAUUACUCCGCAAAGGAGAUUACAUCUUCA